GGUGCUGCCUGUUUUGCAUAGGUUCUCACGCAAUCAAAAAAGCCACUAAAUACCUGUAGCCAGUGAAACACACCUAGCUUUGGAAGUAGGUGUCUGUAGGUGUGGGUCGGCUGGUUUUCUUUGGUGGUUUUAUUUUCUGGAUUGAUUUCUUUGGGGUGGAUUUCUUUACUCGAGGUGCGUUUAGAGUAGUUUUUUCUUUCUAUUCUCAACAUGACGGCGAAUAUAGACUAUUUGGUGGUGUUAUUCACAACAACAUCUGGUGCUAGUGGGGAUCUGUUGGGAUCGGACGAAAAGGAGCUCAUUCAAUUGGUGUGGCAAGUUGUGGACUUGACGAACAAGAAGACAGGGAAACUGAAUGAAGUUUUCGUCAGACCCAAACAUUUGGAAUUGACAGAUGAUUGCAAAGAGGAAAGUGGGAUUAGCGAGGAAACAAUCUCUUCAGCAGAACCCUUGGAACAUGCCUUAAAUGAGUUUAGUCAACGCCUGAGCACUGAAACAAAUGGGAACUCUCUCUGUUUAUGCACUGAUGGCCAGCUUCACAUUCGCCAAGUAAUUCACCCUGAAGCUUCCAGCAAGAAUAUCAUGCUCCCUGACUGUUUCUACUCCUUUUUUGACCUUCGAAAAGAGUUCAAGAAAAACUUCCCUUCGUCAGCAGAUUUAAAGGACCUGGACAUUCAAGUCAUGGCAGAUUAUCUGAACGUAACUGCCGAUCCAUCUGCAUACACGUUCGCAUCGCUCAAGGUCCAGACCAUGGUCAACAUUGUCCUCACACUCAUUUCAGACCCAAUAUGUUACAAGUUCACCCACCCUGAGAGAGUGAAUGACAAAUUUGAAACUGGAACCUGCAGCAAGAUGGAGAGAGUGGAUGACAACACGGUGAUCCGGGCCCGCGGCCUCCCCUGGCAGUCCUCUGACCAGGACAUUGCUCGCUUCUUCAGGGGCCUCAACAUCGCAAAAGGCGGGGCGGCGCUGUGUCUGAACGCCCAGGGCCGGAGGAACGGGGAGGCGCUGGUCCGGUUUGUGAGCGAGGAGCACAGGGACCUGGCCCUGCAGAGGCACAAGCACCACAUGGGCAGCCGCUACAUCGAGGUGUACAAGGCAACCGGUGAAGAUUUUCUCAAAAUAGCUGGAGGUACAUCAAACGAGGUGGCGCACUUCCUAUCCAAGGAGAACCAGGUGAUCGUGCGCAUGCGGGGCCUCCCCUUCACUGCCACGUCCGAUGACGUGCUCCUGUUCUUCAGCCCCACCUGCCCCGUCACAGGUGGCAAGGACGGCAUCCUCUUCGUCAAGUUCCCCGACGGGCGGCCCACAGGGGAUGCCUUCGUGCUCUUCUCCUGCGAGGAGCACGCCCAGAACGCCCUCAAGAAGCACAAGGAGAUCCUGGGGAAGCGAUACAUCGAGCUGUUCAAGAGCACGGCGGCAGAGGUGCAGCAGGUGCUGAACAGGUACACGUCGGCCCCUCUCAUCCCUGUGGCCCCCGCUCCCAUCAUCCCCGUGCUGCCUCAGCCCCCCUUCGUGCCCCCGGCCGGGGUGAGGGACUGCAUCCGUCUGAGGGGGCUCCCCUACAUCGCCACCAUCGAGGACAUCCUGGAGUUCCUGGGGGAGUUCACUGCCGACAUUCGGCCCCACGGUGUCCACAUGGUGCUGAACCAGCAGGGAAGACCCUCUGGAGACUCAUUCAUCCAGAUGAAGUCGGCAGAGAGGGCCUUCCUGGCGGCUCAGAAGUGCCACAAGCGGACCAUGAAAGACCGCUACGUGGAGGUGUUCCAGUGCUCUGCGGAGGAGAUGAACAUUGUGUUAAUGGGGGGCACGUUGAACAGGAAUGGCUUGUCGCCGCCGCCAUGUAAGUUACGACGCCUCUCUCCCCCGUCCUACGCCUUCCCUCCCCCAACGGCGGUCAUGCCUGCCGAGGCCGCCCUCUACCAGCCCCAGGUCCUGCUGAGCCCCCGGCCCAUGCAGCCCUCUGCUGCCUUCUACCCCGCCAGCACCCAGCUCUUCAUGAACUACACCGCCUACUACCCCAGCCCCCCUGGAUCACCAACAAGCCUCAACUACUUCCCCUCCCCUGCAAGUGCCCCCGCCCUGGCCACCCAACCUGGGGCCUUGGUCAGAAUGCAUGGCCUAACCUAUAACAAUGGAGUCAAGGAGAUCCUCAACAUCUUCCAGGGAUACCAGAGUCCCCCUGAAUCGAUGACGCUUGUGAAUAGCCUUUGUGGGCAGCCCGGCAGCAGCGACGCUCUCGUGACCCUUCCAGCUUUACUUUCUGCCAAGCAACCUGUGCAAGACAGAGCCCACAGUCACCUUGGGGGACCCUUCCUUGACCUGCAGCUGCUGUAAAGUGGGUCACCAGCCACAGAGAGAUCCCACUGCUAACACCAUCAGCGGAACUGCUGGACUCCAGACACAGGGAAACUAAAACCGGGGAUAACAUUCCCUGGCAGAUUUUUUCCAUUGGAUUUUAAUGCCAUGCU